AUGGGAAGAGGUAAGAUAGAGAUAAAGAAGAUAGAGAAUAAGACAACGAGGCAAGUGACCUUCUCCAAGAGAAGAAGUAGUGUUAUCAAGAAGACUCAUGAGCUCUCUGUUCUCUGUGAUGCUCACAUCGGUCUCAUCAUCUUCUCCACCACCGGAAAACUCUACCAGUACUGCACCGAACCCAUCACGAUGCCUCAGCUCAUUGACCGAUACUUGCAGACCAACGGAUUGCAACUUCCUGAUCCUAAUGACAACCGGGAUGAAUUCUUCCAUGAGAUAGAAGUACUAAGAAGAGAGACAUGUAAGCUUGAACUCCGUCUGCGUCCAUACCAUGGCCAUGACUUAGCUUCCAUUCCUCCACAGGAGCUCGAUGGACUAGAGCAACAGCUCGAACAUUCUGUCCUUAAAGUUCGUGAGCGUAAGAAUGAGUUGAUGCAACAACAGUUGGAGAAUCUAAGCAGAAAGAGGCGGAUGCUAGAAGAAGAUAACAACAAUAUGUACCGUUGGCUUGAUGAGCAUCGAACCGCGACUGAGUUUCAACAAGCUGGGAUAGAGACCAAACCAGGAGAGUAUCAACAGUUUCUAGAGCAACUUCAGUACUAUAAUGAUAAUCAGCAACAACCAAACAGUUUUAAUCAGCUCGCUGCUCGUCUUUCCGAGAUUGAUAUUAAUUACCAUCUCCAGCUUACUCAGCCUAAUCUUCAAAACGAUCCAACGGCUAAGAUUGAUUAAUCCUCUACAAGAUCUACUCUUUCUAUAUGGAGACAAAUGAACAAUGGACGUAUCGUUUUGUCUUUUAUUACCUAUUUUAAUCAGUCAAUGCCUUCUUCUUUGUGUCUC